CGAGUAGUCCCUUUUUCGAGUCAUGAUGUCGAAACUUGAUAGUUACUUUUAUUGCAAUCUUGCUAUGCACUUUGUAGGAAGUGAAUCAAGGGGCUUGAAUCACAUGUAGUUUGUACUUUGUAAAUCUUAUGUCUUGUUUUGAAUGUGGUAAAAGUUUGAUAUUGUUUUGAAGAAUACAUUCCCUUUUGUGGGGGACUAGAAGAAGUUGUUCCAUAAGACCACAUAUGUUUGUCCUUUUCUAUUUUUCAUCUUCUGUGGUUGGAUUCAUUUGGUUUACCUCCACCUUUAUCAAAUUUCUUUUUUGACAACUUAGCGUUCCGAAGUUUGUUGAGUGUAUUCUCUUUGCUAUUUUUAGAAAUCGGUCGUGUAUAAUGCUCAUUUUGAACAUGCACAGCUUCACAGCUCUCACAUUGUGUUAUGAAAUUUCUGACUUACAUAUUAAAUAUAGACCUGACUUGUGCUGGAAGACUUGCCUGAUAAUCUACAUUAAAGGUGCAAAACCUUCUUUUGUGUCUGGAAUUACUCUUCUGUUUCCAAGGAACUUAUAAGUCAUAUUUUGAUUGCACAAUAUUUCUGUAUAUACUACUGAACGAGUGAGGUAAGGUGAUACAAUAUGAGGGAGGCAGAGAAGAAAAAGGUUCAAAAAAACGUUCAAACUAAACCAUCUGUGAGAACACCUAGAAGAGAGAGUAAACCGGUUCAAGAGAAUGUCCGUAAACCAUCAAAUGCAAAAGAAUCUCAAUCUAAGGCUUCACGUGCCAAGCCAGCGUCUAAUAGUGCUUUAAGUGAUACAAAUGUGGGUGCAGAGGCCCCUGAAGUUUAUGAAAACGUGGUUAUACAUUAUGUGGAUGAUGCAUACAGGUCAGGGGAUGCAGGUCAAGGUCCUAAAGAGCAGGAUACCAUGACUGGAGACAAGGAUGACGAUCUAGAGGAUUGUUCUAGUGAGUUGGGUAAGAAGGGAGAUGAUUCUGAUUAUGAAUCUUUAAAAGGCUCAACAUCUUCUCAGGAUGAUAUCCAGGCUGCUGAUGAUGUGAAAAUAGGAGCUACAAAUGUUUCCAAGAAAAUUGCGAACAAGGGUGUAUCAAAGGCAAGGGUUACUCAUGAAAAGAGUAACUCAGGUAUAAAACAAGCUCGUUCCUCACCAAGAGAGACCAUGAAAUCCGGUGGCUCUAAAGUAGCUCCAAAAGAUUCAUCAUCUGAAUGUUCUGAAGGAACUGAGGAUAAGCCUAUUGAGGAAACAAACCAAGAAAUAUUUGAUGAGGCCUCAAGUGACAUAAAAAGUAUAAGAAGUGAUGAUGAUACUGUUGGGCCUGAAGGUAAUGCAUACUCAGAGCAGCAAAGAGCUGCCUUGAAACAGAAAGCUGAUGUCAUGGAAAAUAGGAUUGAGAAAUUAGAGGAUGAGCUUAGAGUGGUUGCUGCUCUUGAAGUAUCGCUCUAUUCUGUGAUACCAGAGCAUGGGAGCUCCGCUCACAAAGUACAUACACCUGCUCGACGUCUUUCUAGGCUUUAUAUACAUGCAUGCAAACAUUGGACUAGAAGUAAGAGAGCAACUAUUGCUAAAAAUACUGUUUCAGGGCUUAUUUUGGUUAGCAGAACUUGCGGAAAUGAUGUUGCAAGGUUAACCUUUUGGCUCUCAAAUACUGUUGUUCUGAGAGAAAUUAUCUCACAAGUAUUUGGCAUCUCUAGCCAAACAAGCCCAGCAAGGUUUGGUGCAUCAAAUGGUAGUAGAAAAAGUAGCGAGGGAAAUGCUUUCUCUUUGAAAUUGAAAGGACAUUCUAAUGGGAAUCAAGUAAAUAUGACUACCCAGCUGUUUGAAGAUUGGGAAGAGACUAGUACAUUCACUUCUGCUUUAGAAAAAAUAGAGUCGUGGAUCUUCUCUAGGGUUGUCGAGUCAGUGUGGUGGCAGGCACUAACGCCAAAUAUGCAAACGCCUGUUGAGGACCUGAUCAGCCAAAAGAAAAUAGGAAAAUUGUUAGGUCCCUCCUUGGGAGAUCAGCAGCAAGGAACUUUCUCCAUUGAACUGUGGAGAAAUGCAUUCCAGGGUGCUUUCGAGAGGCUUUGUCCUGUUCGUGCUGCAGGGCAUGAAUGUGGUUGUCUGCCAGUAUUGGCAAGGAUGGUGAUGGAACAAUGUGUUGGAAGGUUAGAUGUGGCUAUGUUCAAUGCCAUAUUAAGGGAAUCUGCACAUCAGAUUCCCACUGAUCCAGUUUCAGAUCCUAUAGUAGACUCAAGAGUUCUACCAAUUCCAGCUGGAGAUUUCAGCUUUGGCGCUGGUGCACAACUAAAGAAUACUGUUGGCAAUUGGUCUAUGUGGUUUUCUAAUCAGCUUGGCAUGGAGACGGACUCUGUCCCAGACGAUGAUGCUGAAACCUACAAUGAUGAUCCCCAAACUACACAAACUAAGUGUUUUUUCCUCCUUAAUGAAUUGAGUGAUCUCUUGAUGCUUCCGAAAGAUAUGCUUAUGGACCGUUCAAUUAGGAAUGAGGUAUGCCCUUCAGUUAAUCUGGAUGUUAUUAAACGGAUAUUGUGCUACUUCACUCCAGAUGAGUUUUGUCCAGAUCCAGUUCCUGGAGAAGUCUUGGAGGCACUGAACGCUGAGAGUUUCGUUGAGCGGAAAAUAGCUGGAGAUGCUUUUGGAAGCUUCCCAUAUGCAGCUCCUGUUGUUUCAUAUUUCCCUCCAUCAUCGGGUGAAGUCUCAGAGAAAGUAGCUGAGGCAGGAGGGAAACCUCAAAUUGAAAGGAAUGCAUCUAUGGUACAGAAGAAAGGUUAUAUGAGUGAUGAAGAAUUAGACGAUCUAGAUUCCCCACUAACAUCCUUCAUCGAGCAAUCAUCACCUCGUACAAUGCAAAAUGGGAAUGCAGGUCUGAAAUCUAUGGAGCCAACAGGCUGCGGAGGGAACUCAAGGUAUGAGCUUCUCCGCGAAGUUUGGUCUUUGUAGAUUCCGUUGGUGCUUUAUGUCCACCCCUCCUUUUUUCUUUUCAUUUUUAGUUAUAUACGUAAUGUAAUGUAAUGAUCUGAAAUGAUAGAAGCUAAAAAGUUCUGAAUCUGCAACAUAUAAUGUAUGUUACACUGUAAGUUUAGAAGCAUUCUAGCUUUACUUUCUUGUAAAGAAAAUAAAUUUACCUGGGAAAUUCAGUAAAGAGAAGUUGUUAUAUCGGAAUCAAUUAGUUUUUCA